AUGAGCGACUCUAAUAACGACGAUACAAGUAAAAAAGGAGAGGAAAGAGAGGUGACAGACCCUGUUACCCACCUGCCACUUCUUAUCCAUGACAACACGUCGUUUGAACUCCACCAAGUAUCGUAUCCCUCCAGCAAUUCACCAGUCGGACAGAUGGAUGCUGUGGUGAGGAACGAGCUGCGGCAUCGACGAUGGCAGUAUUCGGAUUCCCAGGGCAAGCGCAAGUCUCGCGCCUUCAUGACCAGUGCUGUUGCCGCGGGCGCUGGAGGUGCGGCGUCACUGGCACUGUCGUGGAUAUUCCGGACCUUCGUUAGCUCCUCAGAGGUAUUGAACCUAGUUUUGGGAGGUGCUACAUGUUGUGUCAUAGGCCUCGUUGCUGGCGGCGCAGUUCUUCAUUAUGGUGGGCAAGAAGAAGAGCAGUCGUCCAUUGACGACGACGAUGAUCGUACUAGGCCUGAGCCACUCGCCGGCCCCGAGACUGCAGCAUGGCUCAAUUCCUUCCUGGCAUCGCUAUGGCCAAUCGUUAACCCCGCACUUUUUACCUCUGUAUCCGACAUGCUCGAAGACGCUCUUCAAGCGACGCUUCCUAAGCUAGUCCACGGCGUUCGUGUUGCCGACAUCGGGCAAGGCACCGAGCCCCUUCGUAUCCUCGGCGUUCGCUCUUUGAGUGCCAACGAGACAAGUGGCACAAAACCAGAAGACGGGGAUUUUGUCAAUCUCGAGCUUGCUGUCGCGUACAAAGCGCGAUCUGUUGGCCAAGAUGCUGGACUUACUGGUCGUUCGCGUAAUGCCCACCUUCUUAUGGAGUUUUAUCUAUCCGGAGGGAUAGUUUUGCCCGUGUGGGUUGAGCUUACUGGGCUUGUUGCCAAGAUGCGUUUGAGAGUGCAACUAAUGCCGAACCCACCUUUUCUAUCACUAAUGACGUUAACGCUGCUGGGACAGCCGAAGGUCGAAAUACAUUGUACUCCGCUGGCGCAGAACUUCCUAAACAUCAUGGACAUUCCCGGAUUAUCGGGCUGGUUGCAAAGUGCCAUCGAUAUGGCUGUCGGACAGUAUGUCGCGCCAAGGAGCCUGAACCUAGAUCUCAAAACGCUACUGACCGGAAAAGAAAAGAUGGACACUGAUGCUAUUGGGGCGGUCAUCGUCACCUUGAAGAGCGCGCAAGGCUUCAGGAAUGGGGACGAAGGCAAGUUCUGGCUGUCUAAAAAGCAGAAGCAAGGAGAUCCAUACGUGUCAGUUGGCUGGGGCAAGUGGGGCAAACCCUUCUGCUCCACCAGAAUAAUUGAAAACGAAUCCAGACCUGUCUGGGAAGAAACUAUGAUGUUACUUGUUACACCCGCCGAAAUUCAUGCUCGGGAGAGACUCAGGCUACAGCUUUGGGAUUCCGGUCGGUCUUUGGUUUUUUUGCAACAACUUUCCGUUACUGAUCCUAUUCCAGAUAGAUUCUCAGCGGACGAUAUCCUUGGGACAGUCGAGAUUUCGUUGCACGACAUUAUCGAAACUUCGAAUCAGUCGAGGUCGCGCCAGGAUGAUCUGGUCGCCUCUGACGGGUCGAAAUGGCCUGGGGUAUUGCACUGGUCUGUCGGAUACUUCUCGAAGACGGAUGUGGCUGCGACUACCGAAACGGUUAUCCAAGAAGAUGAAAAUGCGCAUGCGGCCAUGCCGGAAAGGGAUACUCAGAGUGCAGAGAUGAGGGAGCAAAAACAGAAGGAUCUGAAGGAGAAAGAAGAUGAAAUUAUAGCAAGCACCAAGCCAUCUGAUGAAUGGCUUAGUGGUAUAUUGUCUGUGAGUAUUGAGCAGAUCACUGAAUUAGGGGUUCAGAAGAAAAGGAAGGAUAGCGAUCUUCCUAGUCCGUAUUGCACUGUUAUUGUCAACCAUCAACGGAUGUACAAGACGCGGACAAAGAUGAAGACCAAGAAACCAUACUUCAAUGCGAGUACUGAGCGCUUUAUCAAAAACUGGUUCGAUGCCACAGUUAUCAUUGCUGCUCGCGACGCUCGGGUUCAUGAAACCGAUCCUCUACUGGGAGUCGUUGUUCUUCCGCUGCAGAAGAUUUUCAAGCAUCGAUCACAAGUAACGGACUCUUUCCCUCUUGUUGGAGGAAUUGGAUACGGGCGAGUACGGCUCUCCUUGGCAUUCCGCAGUGUGCAAGCCAAACUUCCUCGCGAGCUUUUAGGAUGGGAUUUAUGCACGUUGGAGAUUCAGCCUAGCGUCAAAACCUCCGCUAAUUUCCCGGCUGAUCUUGCUUCAUGCAAGCUGAUUGUUCAGACCCCGUAUGGACGUCGAAAAAUGUACCCACAUCCUGAUGGUGGCUGGAAAACGAAAAUCGAGAGCCGCUCCGUGCGUUUGGCGGUCAAGAAUCGUUACGCGUCCUGUCUCCUCGUCCAGUUCCAGAAACGUGCAUUGGGACCUGAUGUUAUUCCGGCGUUCUCGACGCUUUGGCUGAAAGACAUUCCCGACGGGGAAGAGCUUGCCGUGACGCUUACCGUGAGGAAGAACGUAAACGACGCACUUACACGGGCGCGAUUCAACGCCACAACCGAUAUUGGAGAGCCGAUAGGAAGCAUUGAUGUGAAGGUGAAGCUAUGGCCGGGCUUGAGCGGCUAUCAUCAGUACAUGGCUGACAAAGAUGCCUCCCUGGCGGAGGUAAUGGAGGUUCUGGAUUGUGCGGAAGAGUCGCAUGAUGAUAUCCAACGGGAUGUCUUGUACGAGUCUGAUUCCUCGGUGUCAUCAGUCUCGAGCACGUCUGGGUCGUCGGAUGGUACUAUUGAUGGUGUAAAAAAUCAGUUCAAGGACUAUCGAAAGAGGAAAGGAGAACUACACCGGAAGCAUCGUGGGCUGAUGCAAUGGAAGGGUGUUAGGAAUAUCGCUUGGCUUGGACGCAGUGUCGAGAACAAAGCAGACAAGUUGGAGCACAAGCUUAAAGGGAAACUGAAGCACCAGCAGAAAGAGAUGGGGAUAGAGAGAGAGGUUUGA